GUUUAGAAAUCACUGGAAAAAUAUCGAUAGAAUAAUGAAAUUAAAAACAACAUAAUAUCUUAAACUGUUAUUGUGAUCAAAGGUCUUGGAUUCAAUUAUCAGUGUAACGAAUUUACGUUAAAGGCCAUUCUCUCAAAUCGAUUUUACAUUUAAAGCUGACAAUUUAAAACAUAUGGGAAAUUAACCAGCUAUGAAUUACAUGCAGAAUACAUAUAAUAUUCAGUUGAAGACCGAAAGGCAAGAGGAGGAAUAUUGUUAAACAGACUUUGAUAUCUGAUAGAAAUUAUUGCGUGGAUCAGAAACAUUAACGUUACGCAAGGCUGAAAAUGAUCGUUUCCAGAGUGAAAUCGUCAGAUCUAAAUUUGUCGGAACUGCGUUCACUAGUGUAAUUUGUGAUGAAUGUGCUUUAUCGAAAGGAAAUUCGGAAUUAAAUACAUCGUGAUCAUGUUGGAGUAUUAAACGGUGCCUAGAUCAAUCAAUUCUGUUAUCUUGAGCUCUCCGGAUGCCACAUGCCGCGCUCUCAGUGAUUUAUUGAGUUACUAAAUUCACGGGAUAUGUAAAUGCUUUACUUAGGAUUAAUUUAAUGCAGACGUUUUGAGAGAGAUUGCCGAUAACGCUGAAAGAGGAAUUAACAUUUUGCCCAGAGAAGAGACGUUUAAACGUUAAUAGCUUAACAGUCCUGGAAAAACGUUAAUAGAUUAUUGUAUUUUAGGACGUUUCCUCCAAAUCGUUCUCUUUUAAUGUGUCGUGAACCUUUACCUUAUGUAAUUAUCAAGGGCAUAGUGCUUUGGAGAUGAAGAUUUCGAUUCAUCUGUAAUUGGAACGUCCUUUAAUGAGGCAUAUAAGUGGAAUAUGAAUUGCUGAAUUAAUUUAGAUAAAUCCAUGGAUAAUAAAUGGUUUUACUAAGUUGGCCAAUUGUGAAUUUCCACCGCAUUUCACACAUCUCUUUAUUACGGAAAUUAUUGUGCAGAACGAUGUGAGCUUUGCUGAGCAAUUACUUUGGAACUGUUUGUUCGAUAAAAACUUAUAGAAACUGGUGAAUAUUCAUUACCUGAUCGUUUCGUUAAAGUGAGUGUGAUCAACAUUCUAGCUAUCUUGAAACCCGUCAAGGAUAAGGAUAUUUAUUAUCAUAUAUAACCAUUCCCAGCACGACCUCAAUUAAACCGGGAAUUUGCGGCUUCAUUAGAGGAAUUGCAUUGCCUUGAAGACAAAUCACCGCGCCUAAUUGAUGCAAUUUAGCAAACACCGCUCUGUCGCCUUCGUCUCAAAAUUGUUUAAUUAACGACAGACCCAAUAGUGCUUUCUGUAAGAAAAGGCAAAGUGGUGAGAAAGCCAGCUUCAUUGUUUUAAAUUGCUUUAGACGGAUUUCUGACAGCCAUGGCGUAAUUACGGUGACUUAAGGAUUCUUUAUCACGCCAGAGAAAAUUGUUGUAGGGAUUUAACGUUAAAUUUAAAGCUUUUAAGUAGACGUUAACACCAAAAGGGAUAGAGAUGGGAUCGCCGGAGUACACGACUUAUCCAAUUUCUGUAAAUACUAUUCUUGGAAAUACUUCAGAUUCAUUUAUGCAUAUAGAAAAUGUGACGGACAGUGCGACCCAAGACGUUUCUGAUCUAAUGAAAUUUCAAGAAAAAUAUGCUCGCAUUCAUGGUUACGUAAGUGUGUGCGUAUGUUUGUUCGGAUUCUUAGCAAAUAUUGCUAAUAUAGUCGUGUUAACGCGAAAGAAUAUGAUUACGUCAACUAACGUCAUUUUAACGUGGCUGGCUGUUGCCGACUUAUUCACAAUGUUAGAUUAUUUCCCAUUCGCCAUGCAUUUUUACAUUUUAAAGGACCAAGACUUGCAAUUUCCAAGAACUCGCGGUUACGGGUGGAUAAUCUACCUUCUAUUUCAUGCAAAUUUCAGUGUUGUCUGUCAUUCUUGUGCAAUAUGGCUGACGAUUGCGCUGGCUACAUUUCGAUUUGUUUGUAUUUGGUUUCCAACACGCGGUAGCACAUACUGCACAGUGAUGAAAGCAAGGCUGUGUGCGGCCAUUAUAUUCUGUUCUGUUGUGAUACUGUGUGUUCCGAACAUGAUCAUUAAUGACAUGGCGACUACGAAAAGCAAUGUAUCGGACGGAAAUAUUACAAAACAAGAUACUGUGUACGAUGCAGUCUAUAGAGAAGGCGGGGCUUAUCUACAUAUUGAUAAGCUGAAUAAAAUGAUACAGGCUAUCCUUUUUAAAAUCCUUCCUUGCUUUUUACUAACUGUGUUAACAAUUUUGCUGGUAGUUGCUAUGCAUAGAGCGUACAAAAGACGAAUGGCCUUAAAGAACCAAGGACGACGAGAAGAGUCCGACAGACACGGGGAACAUAACAGGACAACCGUUAUGCUUUUAGCUGUUGUUGUCCUGUUUUUGCUGACAGAGUUACCGCAAGGAAUUCUAACAAUCAUGGGCUUGAUUGAGGAGAAGUUCUUUUUAAACGUGUACCAACCGCUUGGAGAUAUUCUUGACAUCAUGGCACUGUGCAAUAAUGCAAUAAAUUUUGUUCUUUACUGUACUAUGUCAAGGCAGUUCCGUGAUACAUUUGUGUCCACGUUCUGUUGGUUUUGCCCGAAGUCAAAACCGGGAUGGAUGAAAAUGAAACUUGUAAAUUCAAAGGCAACACAGAAUGGCAAUACUAUGAUGACGGAACAUACCCAUGUAUAAUGAUAAAUUCAGUUUCUGUAAGAGCAGCUAUGCCUUUUUUUCAAUAAUAUGUAUAUAUGCGAAUAUUUUCAACAUAGAAUUAAAUACAAAUGUAUACCAAUUCAACAAAUGGUAGACUUUAACACUGAGGACCCGCAUCGUAAAGGUUUAUUUCUGGUUUGAGUGCAAAUUCAAUACACACUUACGGUAUGAUUUCUGGGGAUCAGUUAAGUUUGUUGAUUUAAGCAGUAAUAAAAAUUACUCUGAAAAUACUAUACUGUUAGACGAUGCAUUGUAACCAUUUGUAACAUUUAGGACCUUUUUAUAGCAACAUGUGGUACCUAUUGCCAACUUAAACAGGCUAGAAAGAUACAUUGGAACUUUGAAGCAUUGGUAUUCAUUAUAAUAACAAAGUGUGGUUAAACACACUCCAAACCGCUAGUGAAAUUGUAUAUAAUGCACUUACUGUAACAUCAUCAGAAUAGUUCUGUUCUGUUCUGUAACAUCAUCAUCACAUCGUUAAGCAUGUCUGAUUUAUUGCAUAAAUGUUGAAUUGUAUGGGUUUAUAUAUUAUAGAGAAUAUUAAAUGAGUGUAGAUUAAAUACUAUUAAACGGCCAAAGUAAAGAAAGUUUGCAGUUUAAAAAGUCAACGUUUUCGUUGACGUACCAAAGGUGUAACGCUAACAUUAGGACAUUAGGGCGCUUAAACGCUAUGUUUGUAUAAUAUCGUUAUCUAUUAAUUAGAGGUUAAUACACGAUAAAGUAAGGGCCGGAAUAUGAUACUCGGACUGGAAAAUGAAUAAUGGCCCCGAUUUUAAUACUUAAAAUAAGAAUUUUUGUACGUUUAACGUUUUUUUCAUAGGAUAAUUGUGACGUUAAUAUAAUCAUAUUCACGGCUGCAGUUGAUUUAUGAAGUAAUUUCUUGUCUUUUUUAAAAUUAGUUAAGGAAAUUUGCAGGAUUAUAAAUUGUUAAAAACAUUCUUGACAUGUUAUAUGACCCUAUAAACAAUGUUAUUUGGAAUACAACCCUCGCCCCCACGGUGCGGGUGAUAUACACAAACAACCAUUAAAAUAGCACCAUAUAGUCUGUCAAAAUCAUUAUAAUUAGUAGUAUUUAUUUUUCUGAUCAUUUUGACUAACGAAAUAAACAUAAACAAAAUCAUCAUAAUCAAUAUUUUAAGUGAUGUAAGUGUAUACAUGUAUAUAUGAAUUAAGGCGAGUAGAGUGAUAUUGUUAUACUAACAUGCUUGUUCAAUUUAACAUUUUAUUUUCAAUAGACUGUCAUUUUCACACGCACCAUACUUCAUAAAGUAUUAAACAUUUAAUAGUACUUAAAUUUGUUUUAAUAUUUCAAAAUCAUGUUAUUUUAAUAUUUUACAUAACACUUUCGGAAAAAUCUUUAUUUAUUUAUUUAUUUAUUUGUAUGGAAAUGUUCUUUCUGGAUUUGUUGUGCAAAAAAACUGCAAUAACAUAAAUAAUAGCUCUAUGGAGUUUUCAAGACCAUUAAGAAAAACGUCCAUGCCUUGUAAAAAGCCGAACUUAUGAUGUCGUACAUGUUAAUACAAUUCGGGUGUGUUUCAUGUUUAUUUAUAAGUAUAUAAAUAAUAAAGUGACAUUAUGCACAUUGUUUUCACUUGUCAAGUUGACUCGAAUUAAUUAUUUGUAUAUACUCGUACAUAUUUACUUGGCCUUUAAAUGAUUAUGAAGAAAGUUUAUGAUAGAAUAUAAAAACUAUCUAACUUAUAAAAAGACUGACCACUCUUUGGAAAAAUUGAAUGUGCCCAGUUCAUACUAGAAAUGUCCGUGGGUCACCUGGAUAUUUUUGCAUAGUAAAAAAUAUUAUUUUAAAACAAUUAAGGCAAAAUGUAAAGUAAUUUUGACAUUAACCCUUGCACUCACCAUUUACACUCGCAUAGGCAAAAUGUCACUUUAUAUAAUUUAGUUUUACAUACAUGUUUUGUGUGAUUCUAAUGGAGGAAAACGUGUGGUGUUGUUAAUAUAUUUGAAGGUAUAAUAUAUCAUUUCAUGUUUAGAUCUCGAAUUACAAUUUUCUGCAUAAAAAGACAUUGAUAUAUGUUAAAAGAAACUACCGGUAAACAAUUAUCAUUUUCAAAUCAGUCUGACAGAGUUGUUAUAUCAUAACAACACGUGUUAUAUAAUAACAACACGACGUAGUGUUAUAUAAUAACAACACGUGUUAUAUAAUAACAACACGUUACAAAUACAUCUGUUACUCCCAUACAGUCUUUCUUUGCACAGUAUCAUGCUCGUGUAUUAGCUUUUGUCGUGUGUGAUCACGUGUUUCCUUUUUUAGAUUAAAUUAUUUGAAGAAAAUUUUAAAAAAAGAUUGGCCGCGAAUGAGGCAUUUUUUAAAUCCCAAUUCAAUUUAAAAAUACAUUUAAUUUACACUUAUUAAAUACAAACAGUGUAAUGAUUGCCCAGAACAUUCGUAAAUUUCGAUACAAUAUUUGAAUUUGACGGAAAAGUAAGAAACAUAAGUUUGUAUUGUUGACAAUGUCGACGAGAUCGCCCCUUUUUACUUAUUGUUCAAACAAGAAUUUAGACGGCGUUGUUUUGUUUAGCGUUUUUAUUAAUAAAUAUUCAGUAAAAGAUUUAAAAGCAAAAACAUAUCUUUUUAUAUAACCGAUUUAUUCUAUUAUUGCUUAACAUCACCUUGUCAUGUGUGUAUUGAAUUGGGGCUGUUUAAGUAAUACUAGCAUUAAUACGUUAGAUUAUGCAAAUUUGGUUCUGUAUUAUUUUAUAUACUUAAGUUAUAUUAAUUUAUGUUUGAUUAUUUUAUGUUGAGACUGAACAGCAAAUAAGUCAUAUUCUGUAAUAUUUCAAUAAUUGUCUUAAAUAUGUUUUGUAAGUAAAGCGUUUGUAACGAUUCAUUUUUUCAACGGAUUUUUGUUUUACCUUCUUUUCUUGUAGCUAUUAAUGUUUAUACAAAAAAAAGAAAAAAUCCCGUAGGAAAUAUACAUAUUAUGUGUGGUUUAAUAUUUAAAAUACAUACUGUAUUUAGGUUACUCUCCAGCUUAAGGUUCAUAGUAACACCUAAGAGCCGCGUCACGACAAAACCAACAUAGUGCGUUUGCGACCAGUAUGGAUACCAACCUGCGCAUCCAUGCUGGUCACAAACGCACUAUGUUGGUUUUGUCGUGACGCGGCUCAUAUUACCGUGAAAAGUCAUAGUACAGACAUUUUGCUUAUAAGAGUUUAUAUCUCGUCCGAAUGUAUUUUUCUGGGCUAUUCUGUUCUUAAUAUGACAUCAUUAAUUCAAAUGUUAACCGAUUAGAAAUAUAUAAUUGGUAAUAAAAAGGACUUUUAUAUGUUGAAACAUUUUUAGAAAAAAAGCAAACGUACAAAAAAUGACCGGUAAGCGUUUGCCAAAAGAUCUUAAGAUUUGGUUGCAUCGUUUUAUUUUCUUGUUAAAUACUUAUGAAGUGAUAUUUAAUUUUGUGGAUAAGUUGAUAAAUUGUGAUACAUUUUUGCUAUGUGCAAGACUUUAGCAAUAUUCAUAUUCAUAUUUCAGUUACGUACGAUUUUGCUUUUGCAGGUUCGUUAUACUGACGAUAGUCUUAAUAUGCGUUAAACUCGAAUGUUAUAAAUAUUGUUGUGUUGCUAUUUAUGAAUAAUUUUGUUUAUGUAUCAUACAUUAUAUAUCAUAUAUGAGUACAUGGCAUAAUGGCAAACUAUGUGUUAUAUAGUGGUGGUUAUAUUUCGUAGUAUUAUGAAUUCCUGGUGAUAUAGUCCUGUUGCCUAGAUGUGCAUAUCAUCUAAAUUUGAGCCGUGCCAUGUCAAAACCAACAUAGUGCGUUUGCGACCAGCAUGGAACCAGACCAGCCUGAUGCGCAGUCUGAUCAGUAUCCAUGGUGUUCGCUUACAAACCCUAUAACAAGUAUAGAAACUGAUAGCGAACAGCAUGGAUCCUGAUCAGAAUGCGCAGGCUGGUGUGGAUCCAUGCUGGUCACAAACUCACUACAUUGGUUUUGUCGUGACGCGGCUCAAAUUGUUUUGUAUUUGUUUGAGAUAGUCUUUCCUUAUGUAGAGUAUCGCUGACCACUUCUCCGAAAAUGUAUAUUUUAUCACUGUUUUAACUGUUAUUUGUGUCAUCACAUACAUUCUGUAAGUACAACAUCAUAUCUAGUGAUUAGAUUAAACAAUAAAAA